ACGAGUUCUAUCGCAGUGUCUGCACCUCCCAGCCAUGACCAGAGACAUCUGCUUUUACUGAUAGAUUUCUGCUCCCUCUAUAUACAUGUGUUCUGCAUGAUGUGUAGGCGGUGGAGAAAUGUAGUAUGACAUUGCAGUCAUCAAAUGAAUAGAUGGCAUUACCUACACUUCCAUCAUACUGUCGCAGUAGAUUGCUAGAGAAACAGAUUGUACGUCAUCGGGAGCAAGAGGCACGAUUCCGUCAUGAGUGGGAUAUAGCCAACCGGUAUUUCAAACAGUCUGAUGUGUGCAGCAGUAAACAAGCCCAAUGGAGUUCCCGGCUUUCGUAUGAACAGAGUAUGAAUGCUUACCACCGGGAGAAGCAGAAAGAGGAGAAAAAAAGGAACUUGGAACGACGGAGAGAAGAGCUUCGCAAACUCUUACAGGAAGAACGAGAUUUACUGGAGGAAGAACUUCGGGAGCUGUCUCGAAACAGGGACCCCGAUCUUACCAGUAUGAGAGAGAAAGCUGAGGGGUUGAAGUCUGCAAGGGAGGAGAGGAGGAAAAAGCUCGCCGAUGACUUACUGUAUGAGCAGUGGAAGAUGAACAACUUGAAGUUGCGAGAGGUGGAAUCUAAUUUGCACAAAAUGCAUGUGGUUGAUGCCUGGGUAGAGCAGGUCACAGAGAAGGAUCAGGAAAAAAAAGUUGAGGAGGAAGAGCAAAAGAGGUUUGAAAACCAGUAUGAGCUUGCCAGGAGAGUGGCUUUGGAAAAUAUUAAAAAGGACGAGAAGAGACGUCGCCAAGCAGAAAGGGAACGCGCUGAGUUCUUACGGCAGCAAAUGGAGGAGCUUAAGUUGAGGGAUUUGGAGGCUCAGAAGUUAAAGAAGGAACAGGAAGAGUUAUUGCAACAACAGUGGGAAGUGGAAGAGCUUCAAGAGAAGAGAAAGAAAAUAGAGGAGCAAAGGAAAAAAUCAGAACACGGUCACUUCCUGAAUCGUCAGUACACAGCACAGAUGAAGAGAAGAGCCCAAAUGGUACAGGAGGAGCUGGAAAUGGACAUGAAGAUAUUGGCUGCACUCAUCAGUAAAGAAGAUGAGGAGCAACGCUUACGAUCAGCUAGAAGGGAGCUGGCAGCUGCCGACGCAGCCUGGAUGAAACGUGUCAUUGAAGAGCAGCUACAUCUGGAGCGACAGAGAGAAGCAGAGCUUGAUACACUUUUCAGGGAAGAAGCCAGACAGGUGUGGGAGAAAAGAGAGGUGGAAUGGGAGCGAGAAAGGAAUGCACGGAAUCGCCUGAUGAGAGAGGUGCUGACAGGUAGGCAGCUACAGAUCCAGGAAAAAAUUGAUCAGAAUAAACGUGCACAGAGGGAAUCGCUAAAGUCUCGGGAACAGCUCAUACAGGAGCUUGAAGAUUUUAAACAACUGACUGCUAGAGAGAAAAAGGAGGAGGAAGAAGUGAAGACCGCACGAAGGCUGGAACUAGAGGCACAGAUUUCUGAGCAGCGCCUGCAAGAAAGGGAGGCCAUGCUUCGUCUGGAAGAGGAGGAAAGAGAAGAAAAAUUGGCUGAGGAAAAAGAAAACUAUUUGGCAGAACAAGAGGCAGAAAUCUUGACCCAGAGAGGUUAUCAGAAAAAGGUGUUCAGUCGCCCCCGGCCUGCUUGGUCAUGACAGAUUACUGGUUCAAGUACAAGACAAAGCUUUGGCUGACAACACAAAAGGCGCAUUUCGUUUCUAAUAUCAUUCUUAUGUACAUAACUUUUACUUGUAAAUACUAUAUUUUAAAGUGUGUGUGUGUGUGUGUAUACACACACCUUUUAUGAUUCCAAAUUAUAGAUACAUUUUUAAGAAGAAUAUAUGUUAUAACAUAUCUAGCCUGGUUGUAUGUGCUGCCACCUAGUGGAGGAAAGCUAGUUUUGAACUUCUGAUAAGGCAAUAAAACUUGGGCAGAUGUUCUUGCGUGGAGCAUAUUUGUGCUUAUUAAUGGCAAAGCAUAAAGUGCAAACUUUUUGUUUUGUUAAAGAGGUAAUCCAGGAUUAGAAAACAGUCAAUGGCUGAGGCUGGUUUUUGUUUGAAAUUGAAUGUAUAGUUACUUUAGUUGAAACUUUUUUUUUUUUCUUUCUUUAUUUGUUCUAAUAUACGGUAGGUGGAAAUCCUAGCUGAUUUCUUAGGGAAAUCUGUCAUCAAUAUCACCAGCACUAACUUGUUGUAAAUGCUUUUAUUGUGGGUGAUAAUAAUACUAACCGUUCCAGCUCCAUGCCUACGCGAUCUCUGUUCUUCCGUACAUGCAAAUGACCUGCUUGAUGCACGGAAAGCCCCCUCUGCUGCAGAAUGGGGCUCCACUUUGCAGAGACAAAGCACAGGGUAGGAGGCAUUACCAUGAAGAUGCCGCUCGGACAUAACUCACAGGGAGCUUGGGGACGCUCCCUCCUAGCACCAAGGUUAUUUAACACCAGUAAGUAUCAUUGUCAUCAGUGUCGCCCACUUUACAAGCCAGCACAAUAGGUUAGUGCUAGCGAUGCAGGUAACGGAUUCUCUUUAAGGUUUUUUUUUUCCACUGGUGGUUUAGAUGUCUUUUGUUUUAUAAUCUAUCUAACACUGUUGGAAUAAACAUUGCCUUCCCAUUAAUGUAAAUGUAUUUUUAAAUGAGAACCAGCCGAACUGAGGUGUAACAUGUGGAGUAGCAAUCGAUUUGCACUUUUUUUUUUCCCUUCUAAAAAUCAUAAAGCUUUCAAUUUUCCACCUACAGACCUAUAUGAGGGCUAGUUUUUUGCGCCACCAAUUUUAGUUUGUAAUUACGUCAAUCAUUUCACCACAAAAUCUAUGGCAAAACAAGAAAAAAUAAUGUGUGGGGCAAAAUAAAAUUCCUUUUCUUUUG